CAAAAAUAAACUGCAACCCCAAAGCCCAAACCUCCACGCCUUCUGCCUCCGCACACCCCUCAACCUCAACAUCGACCCUCUGGCGAAUAUUGCAGAAAUUACCAGCGCCAUCUUCGAACAUCGCGGCGACACGAGACAGCAAAAGUUGUGCACAGUCGCAUCGAACGAACGAACGAGCAUACACUCACUUGCGCUCCCCCACCGCUCAACUCCGAUCUUGGAUCCCCAACCUUUCUCGCGACGAUGUCCUUCUUCUUUGUGCUGUGUUCGCACACUCUCUUCUAGGACUUCCAGAAGACCUAGACACUGAGGAACAUAUCCAGCCAGCGACUCACCAUGUCGUUGCUUGGAAGGUUGCUGUCCGGCGCAGGACCGACAACCUCUGCUCCCAGAAACCCUCUGGACUCGAAUUUGGAGGACCAAUUCACACACAACUUGCUCUUCCCAGACCCGGAAGCGCUGUGUCACAAUGAUCAAGUGUUUCCACUGACAUCGGGGACGAUCCUCACGCCGGCGCCCAUCAGCAACUUCGACGUCAAUGGCGAUAUCGACCUCGACAUGCGAGACGUACGAGUAAUCAUCAUGCAGGAAGCUACCAACCUCACAGGCUCGGCAUAUCUACUCUACGACAGUCAUACCCCUCCAAAGCCUACUCCACCUUUGGAGCGACAAGCUUCAGACAGUGGUUCGGCAUAUCCUGCGCGUGCUGGGGGACGUCGGUCAAUCAGUUCACCGCGCAAGACGAGUGUUGGGCAGAAUUCAAGACCGGUCAUUAUCCAGCAAGAACCCACGGCGCCUCGUGCUUUUGGAGGCGGCGCAUUUGAUCGCAGAUCACAUCACAACAAAACAGCAAGUUACAAUGAGACGGAAGAACAGCGGUCGGCGCGGGAGUACAGGGAGGAGAUGACCGUCUUCUCAAACUGCAUCUUUGGCAACUCGGAGGUGAUGGCCUACAAGGGGGCAGGCACGAAAGUUCAUAUCCUUCCCUCGGAGUCCAGAGCUCCCUUUACAUCGCAAUCAUAUAUGGCCGACGGCUCCUUUGGUCGUUCCAGUAUGCGGAGCAGCAAGUUGGCACAGUCAUUCACUUCGGAUACUCUCCAUGGGCCGACAUCGGCAGGAUUCAGUCCGAGCACAUCAACCAGGGGCCAAGAGAGGAAAAAAGUUUUAAUCACACGCAUGUUCCCCGUUCCACUACCCAAUGAUGAUGCAGAGGAUCCCGCCCAGAAUACCACGCCGACACCACAGAAUGUGAAUUCAGGUGACGCUGCGGGCUACCCCUUUCCCAAGGUUGGUGAGAAUGGCACGCACAAGUCUGACAAGAAGAAGCCCGAGCCAAAGCAGAAGAGAACACCAAUGUAUGCGGUCGGCUUGGUGGUACAUUUACCUCCUGCCCCUCACGUUUCCUUACCGCCGGCGUCGAGAUCGAGUCUGCGUGGACCUGGUUCUUUCACAGAGCAAGAAUCAUAUCCCUCCUCGUACAACUCGGCUCGUCGUUCAGGCUGGACAAUGCUUGGUCAUGGUUUCGGAGUCGAGUCGCUCGAUUCCUCGUACUCGAGUGAUCUUGACGACCGAAUAGAUGCCAUUACUCAGCAUUGGGACAUCAUCAUGCGAACGCUUUCUCAUCUUCAAGCAGUGGCAACAGCUACGCUAUUUCCAAUGUUGAAGCAAGCGGACAUCAGCUCACCUGACCCUCGACGAGAGCCGGUGCAUGUUCGUGCUCCUUCGGCAAGCGUUUCGAUAUCUGGAAAGCGCGUGAUGGAAGACUACAAAGCUUCCAAACCUGCUAAGACUAAUAUCAAGCUUGUGCAACUGAAUUUACACUGCUUGAUGCAUGUCCCAAAGAUUCACAGUGAAGUUGAUGCGGCUCGACAACGAAUUGUCAGCGGCAUGAAGGCAAAUCAAGUCAUCACGGGCCAGGGAAGGUGGGGCAUUUGGAGAGAAGAGGCGAGAUUGGUUGGCAAGUGGGCUGGAGGAAAGGAUGAAGGAUUCUUCUUCUUCAAUCUUCUUACUGGUUUUCUGGGAAAUCAUACCGAAUGGCUUCAGGCUCUUGGACCCAGCUGGUACCGACGCCGCCACUAUCAACAGCAGAGAGCGAACAAAGACGAUGAUAUAUCCCUUCCAGCCAGAACUAUCAUUGUCUCUGACAACAAGCUCAUGGCUCGCCGGCUGGUGUUCCUACUCUCAGCCUUUCUUCCUGCCAACCAGCAACUUCCGUCAGGUCGGCUGCACCGACCAAGUACAUCAAUGUCAUUUGGAGGUUACUCUCAGUCACCUCCAAAUUAUGCUGUACCGAUGCUUCGGGAAGAAUCGCUGAGGCGGAGACUAAAUAAGCGCACUGGAGUCUCAAAAGGGGCGCACGCGCGAACAAUGAGUUUUCCAAAUCAGACCAUGCAAGGCUCCACCCAUCUCGGACCUGAAAUCCAUCACGAUCGUCGGACCUCGGAUGCUACUUCAAUGAAGACUGCAAACCUUCCGAUCCCAGGCAGCGACAUUGGGACCAGAAAAAGUAGUGCGGCAGCUACCUCGGCUGUCAUCCCUGUUACCACAAUGCCUCAUUUUUCCACGAGGCCUCCACAGAGAGGCACAGGACCAGCGCCACGACCGGGAAGCAGUGGAAGUCUUGCGACAGAUGAUCUGUUGCGGUCGCUCAAGCGGGGAGAUAGUACUGGUCACUAUAGCACUACUUCCAAUGAAUCGCAAGGUCAGAACUCGCGAUGGGGAAGUAUGAUUAGUGGCUUUUGGAAUUCCAAGAGAAGAGAUUCGACUGCAUCGACCAGUGUUGAACCACUUUCUAUAGAUGGUCUCGACAUCAACGAUCCGCAAUACAAAGGACCCGAGUCUCCUCAAAAAUCUAGCAAGUUAGCACAAAUGGUGGAAGAGGCAAAAGAAACUCAAUUCAACAAGACGAAAGAGCAACAGGAGCGUGAGAUGCGCAAGUCUGAAUCUGGGAGUGCAUCAACAGCGAGACCUGAUGAAGACCAAGGCGAUGAGAUCCCUGAGCAGAUUGUGCAGGCGAUGGAACGUAUCCCUGAUCCAUCUGGUGCCUUUGAGUCUCCUGUCAAGACAUCUAUUAAUGAAGAAGAUGGAGUCAUCGACAUCGAUGUUCCACUGCCGGAUUACUUGUCCUUCGAGACCGCAGUCAGCUCUCCAUCAAGCAGUGGAUACCUUUCGACUCCUGGAUUCGGAAAUGGGAUGGAAGGGUUCGAACACUAUUCACGUGCCGGGCCAGACGUUGAUACGACAACAAAUGUUGGCGGCUGGCUUCCUCGCUUCCAUCCGGAUUUUGCUCUUCAGGCUAUUCCGGUUCAGGGCGAUCUCUUGGAAGAAGUCAAGGCUUCGAUGCGCGCAGAGCCAACGCCUAUCCUAACGCCAACUCCACAGCCGGAUCAUGGUCGUGCUGACCGAUGGGUCGACAUAAGCAGCGCUGUUAUCGCAGACACUACCAACUUUUCCAUCAAGCGUAUCCGUUAUAUGCGUCUCGUUAAACCAAGGGAUGUGGAGAACGCUACACCAAGCAUUCCACAAACUUUGGACACAAGAUAUGGAAACGUCUACAGUGCAGCCCAGCUAACUCCUUCUGUCGAUGUGUAUGAGAGUCACGUCGAGGAGAAAUUUAUCGAAGAAGCCAUCAUUUCCAUGGACGAGACACUUAUCGAAGCUGUCGAGCGCAUCAUUGCUCAAUCCGGAUCUGGUUCCAAGACGUCAUCGGUCUGCUCCUCUAGAUCAACCUCUCGCAAGGGAGGAAAUCGCGAGCGAUCAAAUUCCGAUGCCAAGAUUCCGCCAAUACCAGAGCAUAAACUUGAAGUCCCAAGAAAUGAGUGCAAGAAGAUGGUUCUUAGUGCAUUGGAAGAUAUAGCCAGAGAAGUGGCUGAGAGUAGGAACGAGCAAGGCGAGGCUCUAAUAGAGAGGGAGAGUUUCUUACGGGAGGGAGUUAGGAAUUGGCUGUCGAGUGUUGAAACUACUGAAUGACGCACUCAGCUCGACAGCUUGGAAGACAUGGGACAACCAGAGGAUGAGGAUCAGAUCAUAAGCGUGUACCACCACCGACACGACACAAGACACGGCCUUUUCGAUACUUUCAACGAUACCCACAUCAUGCGUUUUUUGUUUCGUGGGCUAUCAUUUGAUGAUUGCGAAUUUUGUACCAUAGAGAGAGAAGCGUGCCUUUGCUUUGGUUUGAACUUUGCUUUAAAGUUUGGGAUUUAGCGUGGUCGUUUGGGCGUUUUAGCGAGAGAUUGGGAGGGCAUUUGCAUUUACUGGGCUGGGGUCUUAUUUUAAGGAUCUGCUCUCUGGCGUUUGGUGAUGGGAUGGAAUAAGGCAAACGGGUGGUUGCAUAAAUGAUGGUCCCAGUGGGCGAGCUGAAGAUGAAUACAUGGCAUAGAGGAGAUGAAAUGACAGAAGCUUAGAGAAUUCAAACGAUUGAACUACCG